AUGGCGUUCGAUUGUUACUGUGCAAUCUGUGGUGUCGGGUUCUGUGGCAUGCACAUCGAGGCCCCGUCGGAGACGGCCCUCGAGCGUCGCAGACGGUGGAUCGAAAAGAGAUGCCGGGCCUUGCAAGCCGGAAAGGACAUCGGGCAGGUGUCGCGCGAAGGAGAUGAAACUGAGGAUCCAGUUCGCAGUUACGAUCCCCGGAUUGUCGGCUGGGAUAACAUCUCCUGGCUGUACAAGGCACACUGUCUGGGCGUGAAUGAAAAUACCGAGUCCGGUGCGACAAAAGCAUUCAUUUCGGAUGAAGGAUAUUAUGCGGAUCUUGGAGAGUUCGUUGUCAAGGCCAGAUCUGAUGGCGAUCGGCCCCGAUCUCAGCAAGUCUUUUCAUGCUAUGGCCAUGGUUCGGAAGAAGCACCUGGACCCGUCCUACCGUUCCAUUGGUGUUGUUUCGAGAUCCUGACUCGCACAAUCACUGGUUCGAGCGAUACCAAGAAUGUCAAUUUGGACAUCUUGUACAAUGUGAUGACCCCAUUGUGCAACAUGUCCGGCUCUGCGUUGCAGUUGACCUACGGGGAUGACAUUGAGCGCGCGCAGGGCCGUUACUGGGAAUGCGUCCCGGGCGCAGAGUACUGCGCCACGCACCCAACAGACACCCCCCAAGUCGCCGAGUAUGUCCAGACCAACGCCGAAACGAAUGCUGCGUUGAAGACUCCGUCCACAGAGCUGGAUCUUCGCGGACGAGAGCCUACCAGUCCGUUCGGCAAGCUGCCUCUCGAGAUCGUCUUCCAGAUCUGCAUGCUUUUGCCAGGUGAUUCAUUGAAAGCGCUGGCGCAGGCGUCACUCAACAUCAACCUUGUCACCCAGGAUAACCUGUUCUGGAAACAAUUCAUGCAGCGGGAUAUGCCAUGGUUCUGGGAACUCCAGGCAGCAAAGAACCAGAAGCUCGCAAAGGAUCUGAAUUAUAAGAAGAUGUACAUGUGGCUUGACAAGAUGACGGCUCCGCGGUAUGGGAUGGACGAUCUGAAGUUGAUUGGUGUCGCCAACCGAAGACGCAUUUGGGGGGUAUGCGAGGAGCUUGCCGAUCGGUAUUGCAAGAGCCUGAACCAGCCAGCAGUCAGCUCGAUGCAAUGGGGUAGUGGCUGA